AUGGAGGCCAGCCUGUCCGGCCUGUCGUCGCUGAAGGACGACAACGUGCCGCUCUACAUCCAGCCACACUACAAGGAAACCUACCGCCUGGCCAUCUACGCUUUGCUCUGCGGCGGCAAGGAGGCCUACGAGGACUUCCUGCGGGCCGAGCAGAUCAGCCACUUCCUGUCCGAGGAGGAGAUCUUCUUCAUCCUGGAGAAUGCAGAGGUGCCGGUGGUGGAGGACGAAGCGGAGGUCGCCAGGCCGGGCCCGGACGAGGUCAGCCCCUCCACCUACUUCCCCACGGAGUCGGACGAGGAGGUGCCGGACCUGGACCUGGGCUGGCCCGAGGACACGCAGGGGGGCGCGGACACCAGCAUCAGCCUGCUGUUCCACCCGCCCAGGGAGGACACGCCCACCAUCAAGGAGGUGGUCCGCAAACAGAUCCAGGAGGCGAGGCAGGUCGUUGCCAUAUCGAUGGACGUCUUCACCGAUGUGGACAUCUUUAAAGAGAUCGUCAGUGCCACGCUGCGGGGGGUGGUGGUCUACAUCCUCCUGGAUGAGUCUCAGUUCAGGAGCUUCCUCACCAUGUCGCACAGGGUGGGCGUCAACAUCCAGGACCUGAAGAACAUUCGGGUUCGAACAGUCCAGGGGCAGCAGUACCAGUGCCAGUCGGGGGUCAAGUUUCAUGGAGUUUUGGAACAGAAGUUUAUUCUGGUGGACUGCAGAACAGUUUUAUACGGAACUUACAGCUUCACGUGGUCCUAUGAGAAGAUCAACCUCAGCAUGGUCCUGGUGGUAACCGGUCAGCUGGUCUGCUCCUACGACGAGGAGUUCCGCCGACUGUACGCUCGCUCCACGGUUCCUCCCGUCCUGGCCAGGGAGAGAAUAUCUGUCCCGUACCUGAGAGACUCCGUGGCCCUGACGAGUCCAAACUCCAGCCAACUGUCCCUCCACCAACUUCACAUGAACCCCAGACUGAUGCACGGCAUGAGAAGCCCUCCGGAUGAUAGGUUUAAUAAUCCCCCCCAGCUGACCAGGGGCCUGAGCAUGCAGGACCGGCUGCACCAGUCCCACUGUCCAGACUUGGGGAAUCUGGUGCGGGGACACAGUUAUGGUGAACUGCAGAAGUUACACUCCAUGACUCGGCUGAGGAUGGGGACCAGGGACCUUGGAAUACCUGACAAGACAGGACCGAACCUGAUGCCAACAAACAGGUUGUCUCAGCAGCAGCUUCGGCACCACACUCGUUACGGUGCAGAUCAGAAUCUAAUACCAUUCAACUCGGAAACGUCACUGAACAGGUGGAAGAUCGACUCGUACUUUAACGAGAGCGAUUUGCCUCCAGAUGCAUCAUAUGAUGUGAUCUCUCCCAUGGUAUCCCCAUACAGCAGCCACACGGGCUUGAACGAGCUGCAGUCACAGGUGAUUCACAACCGGUCGAGGGACAUUAAGUCCAGGAUGGAAGAAAUGAGGCAGAAGAGGCUCAGUUUGCAGGAAUAUGCUAAUUUGAGGCAGAGCCAAGAAAGCUUGAGGUCGAUGUAUCCAAGUCUAGAAAGACCAAAGUUUGGGUCUUCGUUGAGAAAUCUGGACAAGAUGCAGAGCGUGGCCGAAUCAGAGCCCCAUGCACAAAAUGGUGGUGACAUGGAAUCAACAAACCAGAAAAUCAAUGACCCAAGUAAGGAAGGCGACAAAAGACAGAGACUGCAUACGUAUGACUGGCGUGAGCCUCUUACCAGAACAGUGUCAGCUGCUGAAUUAGACGGGAAACUCAACGAUCCUUCGCUCAAACUCUCUCACUUGCAGUCCAGCAGUGUCCAGCACUUAAGAGCCAUGGAGUCUUUGAUUGAGAUCCCCGAAGAAAAAGACAGUUCAAACUCUCGUAUCAACACCUCGGACAAAGUUGUGCUCGACAAUGGUAAUGAGGAAAAUCACAAAGAGGAAAUAGUUGUUCCAGAAGUGAACUCUGUGAAAUCAAGCUCAGCUGAAGAGCCACAAUGUCGGGAUGAAGUCAGAGGAAGUCACGGUUCUAUUGGUAAAGUAGCCAACAGUUCUAAAUCUUUGAAAGAAAGAAAGAAAUCAGUAGAAAACAUUCCAAAGAUAUUGAACACAUCUACAGGGUCUCAGCCUGCAAUGGAGGGUAAGAGUAGUCAUUCGGAAAAACGACGAGAGGAACCAACGCUGCAGAGGAAGAAUUCCGUGAAAAUGAAAGUGCAAUUGUUGCUUUCAUCUGACGAAAAGAAAGCCUGCAAAAAAGAGGAGAAGUCUCUCCAGAGGAAGUCCUCGGUGAGGGCGCAGAAUCCCUCGGGGUCCUCCGCCGGGCAAAUAACAAAGAAAGGUCGGUCGCCCAGUGUCUCCAGGUCACAGCACGCCAGUAGUCCAACAGACACCGAAAGGAAUAAAUCUGCAUUCGCAAGAUUAUCACCUCAACGUUCAAGCAAAAGAAAGACGAACCCUGCAGCAGAGCAGGAUCGCGGCUCCAGGAGCACCCUGAGCGACGAGGGGGCCACCGUCUUUCAGACCCGGAGAGAGAAAGCCUACAGCCGAUACGAGUACUUGCUCAGCACCGAAAGCAGGACGACGAGCAUGUAUCCCUCCGACAAAGACAGAGGCACGAGUCCCGUUCAUGGAAGGCCUGAUUCAGGUUACUCAAUGUACCAGACACAAAGCAGCACUGAAAACAAACUGGGAAGAUUCAUGCAGCGAGUAGGAAAUCUUAUGGGCAAGAAUAAGUAG